GGCCUGUUCGAGAAGCUGUUUACACAGACCGGCUUCUGCUUACUGAGAUAAAAAGAAAGGCAGGACUCAGCAGAUCUGCCCGGGGACCUUUGAACUUAGAGACAGCAGCAGGUUGCUGCCUCCAACUGUGGCCAGUGCACCAGACAUAGUCCGCCUCCAAACCAAUCCUCGGCAGGACAACUGGGCAAUGUCUGCCCCCUUUCCAGGAACGAUGGAUGGGAACAUCACCAGGCAGAGACAGCCUGUCUCUCUUAACAGAGGCGGUGGCGGCAGCGGAGAUAAACACCACUUUCUGCAGCAGCCUGCUAAGCCUGAAAGACUCUGCCUGGCAAAGUUCCUGCAAGUGGGGGGUGGGGAGGGGGUUGUUCGUUUGUGUUUUUUGUUUUCCUUUUCCAGAUUUGAGAAUUUAUUUUGCUUGGAAAUCUCAACAAGGGGAGACAGAAGAGGAACUCCCACAAGAUACCCGUCAUUUGGCUGCCUAAAGAACUGCAGUGUGUUUUGAAUUUUGGCUUAACUCUCUCCUCCCCCAGUGCCUUGCAUAGACUAGGCUCACACUUCUAACGCACUCCACAGCAGAGGGAUUACAAGGAUGUACUUUGAGGCCAUGAGGAGGAGGCUCUAACAGUGUGUUCUCGCUAUUCACUUGGAAGGCAAGAAGCUCUCCCAACGCAUGACAACAGGUUUCUAAUGUUCGUCACUAGCAUCCUAGGGAGAUCCUCCCAGUGGGUUUUACAUUUUAACAGCGGGAUGCAUGACUCCAUUCUAACAUGCCUGGUCUCACCUCAAUGGCUCUCGCCUGGAGUGACUUUGUCCCCACUGUCUAGAAAUAUUUCCAGCAUCACAACUUGGGAUUGAUUGCGAGGGAGUCCAGAGAGGCUACUGAACAUCUACAGUACACAGCUGUAGACCCCACCCACAGGAAACAACCUCCUGGCUCCGACUCAACGGCUCUGCCCUCAGUUGGUUAGCGCCCACUUGAUACAUGAGGCAGCUUAGCGUGGCCUCUCCCAAGUAAAGAGCCACAAGUAGUCAUGGAACGCAGGGGACACUGCCCACUUCAGCGCAGCCCCACCAACUAUUCCUAGAAACUGCACUCCACUUAGGCGAAAUCCACCAACCGCUUUCUUGUUUUUUGUCUUUGGUGGUAGGGAUAUCCCUAUGGAGCUUUGAAGCUUUGAAGUUGCCAUUCUCCUGCCUUUGCCUCCUGAAGAGCCUAUGACUUUUCAAAGAGAAAGAAACGGGGCCCAGAGAGGGAGGCGGAGCCAACGCAACCCGAUUCGAAGUUAAAUGGUGAAAAAGAAUGUCAGUCAAACUCAAAGUCCCGCCUUCUAAGAGUGGCUCGUAACCUAGCAACAUAAGGGCCGCCGAGUUGCUUAACUGUGGGCCAAGAAACUUGCAUCUUGAGGAGCUGGGUUACUGGAGGCUGUGAAAUCCAGGAGAGCCUUGAGUUGGCGGCUGCCUCAGUACCAGAUUAUACCGAGGCAAAGGCAGCCUCUCCAGAAAUGGCCUUGGACCAGGUCAGCAUACCCCCUUCCUACCACGGACUGGCCAUCCAAAGAAUCCCACUGAGAACAGGUCUAGUCCCAGCAGAGCCGAUGAAGACCUUAGUCCCAUCCAAAUCCAAGCUCAACACCAUCGAGGCCAAGAGGAUCAUGUCAGUCCUGGAUGAGGCCAUACACAAGAUAGAGCUGAUAACCCUGAUGUCCUACAUGGAGUCCCACCCAGAGGCUCUGGAGGACACGCUGCCCGAGGAUUUCGUGAGAGCCCUAAGAGAGCACUUGGACAUUGGCCAGACCCUGGUGGAGAGGGCCAGCAUCCUGCAGAGGAGACACAAGAAGCUGGAGGAAGAGGAAGAAGCCGAGGAAACUAGGAACCAGGAACGCCUACUGUCCCUAGAGCUGCACAAGGUGAACCUGCUGACGCUGGCGCACCAGUUCCGAGACUCCACCAAGACUGUCCUGAGGCUCGUGCUGGGCGAGCCUCAGUUCACCAGGCUGUUACAGGUACAGGCGCCAGGCAGAAGCCCGGGGGCCCAGUGCCUCCUCGACGGUCUGGUGGAGCUUCGAGGUUUCCUCUUUGAGAAGCUCCUCACCAGCCCCAUGGAAGUCAGGGAGAAGAACCAAUUCAUACAGGACAUCAGCCGGAGGAGCGAGAGGAACCAGGAGGUCAUCGAUGACCUCCAGGCUGAGCUGGCCAACGUGCUGAAGAACAAGGAGUCAGAGGUGGAGAAGGAGAACUUUGUGAUCCAGGAGCUGAAGAACCAUCUGCACCAGGUGUUCAAGUUUUCGGAGAACAGCCUCCUCCGCACGAAGCAGGAGGCCGAGAAGCAGCAGAAGGUGGAUUUCCGGGCCUCCCAGGUCAGGCUGGCCAAGACGCAGCAAGAUAUCCUGGCGCUUCGGGCACAGUACCACAACCUGGUCAUGGAGAACCGGGAGGCAGAGCAGGCACUAAGGAAGAAAAAAUACAAAGUGGAGACAGAAAUCGAGAACUGGAUCCAGAAAUAUGACAUGGAGAUGGGCGAGAAGCAGGACGAAUACGAGGACCUGGAGAGCAUCCACAAGGAGGAGAAGCUGCAGCUGGAGGAGCUGAGGGAAAGGCACGCGGUGCUGGUGGAGGAGUUCUCUCAGAUCCGGGCCGAGAGCGAGAUCAAUUCCAAGAAGCGGGUGGAGGCAGAGCGCGAGAUGGUGCGCAUGGUGAGAGCCGCCACGCUCAUCCAGGCGGUGUGGAAGGGCUACCUGGUGCGCUCCAUACUCAGGUCCAAGAAGAAGAAGCGGGGCAAGGGGAAGGGCAAAGACAAGGGGAAGGGCAAGGAGAAGCCCAAGGAAGAAAAGGCCAAGGAGAAGAAACCCAAGGCCAAGGGCAAAGGCAAGAAGAAGUGACCACAUCCUGGUCUGGCCCCGCCCCUGUUCAGCUUCCACCACGCCCUACCGGGUCCCAACCAAGCCCCUGUUCUGUCCCAGCCCUUCCAUCCCUGGCUUUAAUGAUGGCUAAAUUAAAAAAGACAAACAA